UCACGCAUGCACGGACCUAGCCUGAUUCUGAUGCAUGGUGAGCUCUCAAUCUGUUUCUUCCCUCCCUCCCUUCCACCAUGGCUACGGUGUGAACCCAACAGCUGUCAGGGAACCAGGAAGAGAACCACUGGCAAAUGGCUUAAGGAGAACAAGAGUGGUUUCUGUACUGAUCAUGGAACAGGAAACAUUCGGGUGAAAGAAACCGGGAUGCAUGCCACAGAGCCAGCGGUGCUGUUCACUCCUGAGAAGGCAACCAAAAGAGCUGCUGGAUCGGGGGAAGGUCAACCCCCUGGAAGAGAACAAACCACCAAACCCUGCAGCCCGGUGACCUCCUCAUGCAAUUUCCAUGAAUCUCUGUGCUGGCUGCCUUCUGUGGAACAAAGGAACUGUAUCAUAAUCUCCACCCCCCAAGGACCAGGAGACAGUCUGGAUAUCAGGGGAUACCUGAGGAGCCCACGUUGGUCUCAAGACAACGGUGGGAAGUGGUUGGGCACCCGCCCCAGCUCUCUGGCUUCCCUGCUGUGUGGAGGAGCCACCCGCCUGGCUGAACUUCUAUUUCCUCAUCCCGAAUAUGGUAACACUGCACCUCACAGAGAAGGCGCUACGAGGACGCUGGGAAAUGUCAUGGGCACGUCUGCUUUGUAACAUAUAUGACAUAAAAGGGAUUCUUCUUAUCAUCGUUAUAUGUAGAAAAUGCAGAAGGAAAUAUUGUCCAAAAAAUUAUCUGGCAGCAUAAUACGGUGGAAGAACUAUGGGUUUGAAGACAUUCAAAACUGGAUCUAACUUCCAACUUCACCACUUACUGGCUGUGUGACCUCAGGCAAGUUACUUCACUUCUCUGAGCCUCAGCUCUGUCAUCUGCCAAAAGGUGGUAAAGAUGCUCCCCAGCAGACAGGUUGCUGCAAGGACUAAUGAACGCACACGCUCUAUAAAUGCCCCUGGCCUGUAGAAGGUGCUCCGUACAGGUGAGCACCGCAGCCAAAGAUGCCCACACCCCCGGGUUCAGGGCCACUCCACAUGGCAGCUCUGUGCUGCACAUCCCUCACUGGAGAAGAGGAAGCUGCCUCCAGCCCCCAACAUGCUUCUGAAAGCUCUUCACCCUUACCGCUCUUGCAGCCUCCCCAGCCACCUCGAUCAAGUUACAGGUCCAUUUGUCUCCUCUCACAAAGCACUGUGUUCUGGAGGCUGCCCCUCCCUCUCCAGCCUGAUGAGCUGGGCCAAGAGCUCAGCUCCGAGUAGCACAGCGCCAGCACGUCUCAUUAAGGCACACAGAAAGUGUCACAGCUGGCCCCGUGGUCAUUCCCUAGCAUGUGUCUUCAUCAAUUUCCAGGCCCCUGGAAGUGGCCCCCAGCAUCCACUUUCUUUUCAGCUGAGUAAGCUCCCCAGAGGGGAGGGGGUUUCAUCAACCCAUAGAAACCUGGCAGGUGUCAACGAGGAGUCUGAGCCAAGGCAGGGGGGCAGGAGUGAACAUCCAUGGACCAUCUCCACAUUCCAGGCUCCUUUUAUGCACAGCAAACCUCAGCAUGAGCAUCACCCUUCUGGGGCCCCUCUCGUGACUCCUCCCCCAGGACCCAGUGAAGUCCUGCUACACGCCCCCUUAGCAAGCCGCCAUUUCUUCUGGCAUCACUUGCAAGGCUGUGUUGGGUCUCUUCCCUGCUGGGAAGCUUCCUGAGGGGCAGAUCAAGUCUCCCUCCUUCCCCAGAGAUUCUUUAGCAGCUGCCACAGUGCCUGCCACAUAGUAGGUGCUUAACAUUCUACCGGAUGAGCACACAAAACCUCCUGGCAAUGCUGUGGGUUAAACACCAUUUUCCUGGUUUUUCAGAGAGGCUACUGAGACACCCAAAGAUGGAAAUGUCUUUCCCCAGCUGACAGCUGGUAAACGGUAGAGCUAAGAUUCAAACCCAGGUUUUCACCAGGCCUCGCUGCAUUCGAUUCACAGAUUAAGAUCAGGCUGAAAAUGUUAACAAAGGCAAUUUUUCAAAAUAAAGAAGCUGAAGCUGUUUGCCCAGAACUCCGUCUCCACCCCCAUCACAGCGGGGUUUGUACCAAGUGAGCAAGCAGAUUCUGAGAGCUCUAUGCAGCCCACACAAGGCGGGGACCAGGGACAGGGGCGUCCCUUGUCCCCCCAGCUGCCAGGGACUGGCUCCUCACACGGAGCCCCUCCCCACUGGUCCCCACCAGGGCAGGACUCUUGGGAGAACAAAGACCACAUUUUCCUCCUUGAAGCAGAGAAGCCAGUGCUGGGGAAACAAUGGCCUUGCUGGGAUCAAAGAGAGAGAGGCCCAGACAAGGGACAAAAGCUGAAUCCCAGCAGGGUAAGAAUGACAACCGGUUCUCCUCCUCCUUUUGCAACGGUCUCUAGAGAGCAAGCAUGGGUGCCCUUUGCCGCCCACCCCUCUUUCCCGCCUCCCCUCCCCACACGGCAGAGCCGAGCUGGAAGCAGCCUAACAGCUCUUCCCUGGGCCAGCCACGUUCUAUUUCCUUCUAGGCUUUCCCUCUGCCUACUGUGCCCUUCCCCUCCUUUCCUCUGAAGCAUACUUACUCAGGCUUCAGUUCAAGAGCUGCCUCCUCUCUGCCCUCCGUGACCCCACACACCAGAACCGAUGAACCCUGCCAUACAAGGCCCCCACACGGGUGCCUGCUUCUAGUUACAGCACUGAUCAUGCUGAAUUAUUACUACCAGGGUCAGUGCCUGCUUCCCCAACCAGACUGUGACCAUAUGGAGGCUAAGUCCAUUUCUGGAUCAUUUUGUAAAUGCACUGCCUGGCACGAGAGGACAGGGAUGGGUAAAGUUUGUUGAACGAAUAAAGCAGUAAAUGGUAUAGAGUGAGUUCUCCCAAGGUACGGAAAUUCACUUGAGGCACCAUGUCUUUCAGCAAAUCAGAACCUCUCUGAUCUCUCAGUGUCCCUCAUUUAAUAUUAUGCAAUUAGAAUUCUUUUUUUAAUGUAUAUUAAGUAUUUUUGAGAGAGAGAGAGAGAGAGAGAGAGCAGAAGCUGGG